CGCAGCUAACGUGCGUAGCGACAAAGACAGCGAGCCCGAAACCUAUGGGGAAGGAAUAAAAAAAAGAAAUUCGGUAUCGUCGCACUCUGUACCUAAAGACCAUCGUUUUCUGAAGAGGUCGCUGCCCCGGAGCUUCGGUGAGGACACCGACAUUUGACGGCAACGAGGGCGGUCUUUGAUUCAGCGCGGAGUCGUUGAAUUCGUGGAGGAAAAACUGGAACAACUGGCAGAUUUUCCGUUGGACGGUCUUGUAGGCUAGGGUAUAGCGAGGGAGCCGCCAUGGCAGUCGGAUCAUUGAGCCUCCACAUCGGGAUAUGAAGAGGAGCUGCAUGUGUCCAGAAUCGUCCAGAAAAAACGCCGCAUUAACCUUUAGAACCGCACCGGAUCAGCCCUCCUAACACCUGAUCUCUCCCUGCUUCUUCUUUGUGAAAUUGAUUCUGCACCCAGAAAGACACUGGUUUUAAUCGGGGUGGGGGGGCCACAGGGAGAGGCCAGAUUCAUGACUAUUUUAGUCGGAGACGUGUCUUCAAAGGUCCGCUGAAAGAAAACCUGGAAUAUAAGGAAGAGAAUGCUGCUCUGAUUGACCGUCGGUGGGCAGGAAAGGGUAGUUUAUUAGGCGAUAAGAACUAACGUUAGACGUAAGGGUAAAGGGAUUAUAGUGAGCUUCCUUUACUGUCAUCCUUUUUUUUGUUUUGGAUGAGAAGGUUUAACGAAUCGAUCAGCUCUGCCGUUUAGCAAGUCACAGUCUCCCGAGUCGAGAGAGAGAGAGAGAACCAAAGGGAUCGGAUCAUGUCGGGUCGGCCCAGGACCACAUCCUUCGCGGAGAGCUGCAAACCAGUGCCGCAGCCCUCUGCUUUCGGCAGCAUGAAAGUCAGCAGAGAUAAAGAUGGCAGCAAGGUAACGACAGUCGUGGCCACCCCAGGCCAAGGCCCCGACCGGCCACAGGAGGUGAGCUACACGGACACUAAGGUCAUUGGCAACGGCUCGUUUGGCGUCGUCUACCAGGCUAAACUCUGCGACUCCGGAGAGAUGGUGGCCAUCAAGAAAGUCCUGCAAGACAAGAGGUUUAAGAACCGUGAGCUGCAGAUCAUGAGGAAGUUGGACCACUGCAACAUAGUCCGCUUGCGCUACUUCUUCUACUCCAGUGGAGACAAGAAAGAUGAAGUGUAUCUGAAUUUGGUUCUGGAUUACGUUCCUGAGACGGUCUACAGAGUGGCCAGACACUACAGCCGAGCCAAGCAGACUCUGCCCAUGGUUUAUGUCAAGUUGUACAUGUACCAGCUGUUCAGGAGCCUGGCCUACAUCCAUUCUUUUGGGAUCUGUCAUCGGGACAUCAAGCCCCAGAAUCUGCUGCUGGAUCCAGAGACUGCUGUGCUUAAGCUCUGCGACUUCGGCAGUGCGAAGCAGCUGGUCCGUGGAGAGCCCAAUGUGUCCUACAUCUGCUCUCGCUACUAUCGAGCCCCCGAGCUCAUCUUUGGUGCCACUGACUACACCUCCAGCAUAGAUGUGUGGUCAGCCGGCUGUGUUCUGGCAGAGCUGUUGCUAGGACAACCAAUCUUCCCCGGUGACAGUGGAGUAGAUCAAUUGGUUGAAAUCAUCAAGGUUCUCGGGACCCCAACACGAGAACAAAUUCGUGAGAUGAACCCCAACUACACCGAGUUCAAAUUCCCCCAGAUUAAGGCACAUCCUUGGACUAAGGUGAGUCAACAGGUGUUCCGGCCGCGUACACCUCCGGAGGCCAUCGCCCUGUGCUCUCGCCUGCUGGAGUACACGCCCACAGCCCGCCUCACCCCUCUAGAGGCCUGCGCACACUCCUUCUUUGACGAGCUGCGCGACCCCAACGUCAAACUGCCCAACGGGAGAGAGAAGCCCUCCCUCUUCAAUUUCACCACCCAGGAGUUAUCCAGUAAUCCCUCUUUGGCCUCCAUACUCCUCCCUGCCCACGCCCGCAGCCAGGCCGCUGCCUCUACCCCAACCAACACCUCUGCCACCACAGAUGGCAGCAGUACAGAGCGAGGUCCCAGCACCACCACCGCCUCUGCCUCGGCCUCCAACUCCACCUCCUGAGCCCACAGAUGACCCGCCCCGCCCCGGUCUCAGCCCCAGCCCACGGCCUCUUCAUUGCCCUGGCCAGGGGGUGAGCUUCGCUCAGCUCUGCUCUGACCUGCUCUCCUCCCUGACAGCAGCGGAGUGAUGCCGACGCUGUCCGGGUUCAACAGCUAGCCAACAGCCCCAUGCCAUGACCACAAACAAAGCAUCCCUUACCCGCCUCUUUUAUCCCUGACUUGCCCCUCAUCCAGCUGUUUGAACUCUACUCCAUCCUCCGUCAAAGACGUCUCUCCGUGCCCUUUCAACAGGGAAGGAAAGCGCAGGGCCAGAGCUGUUGUCGACUGUACUAUUGAUAACAGUACACUGUACAUGUAUACACAAUGCUAGCCUGCUAAUGUUUGUAAGAGGACAAUCUGUAGAAAAAGUCCUAAGCUGUUCCCCUUGGCCCUCUCCCUAUCUGGCCUUCCCCCCCCCCCUUUGUCCUCCUCCACAUUGUCCCAUUUUUCUGCACCCUUUGACCUCUGACCUCAUGUGUCCCCUGGCCGAUCCCACCUAUGGUUCCUCCUGUAGUGCAUGGCCUGAGUAUGGUUAGGAUCACCCGGGGGGGGUCAUCCGCCCUUUCACUUCACACCUCCACUUCCACAGACGAGGCAUGAGGCUCACGCACGGGUAUACACACAUACACACUCAUAAACACACACACACACACAUGGGUGCAUGAUGAUCCUGAUGUAUGUGGAAAGAAGCAGUCUCCUUGCGGGGGUAAAGUUUGGACGUUUUUUUUUUUUUGCCUGGGGUUGUUUUUAAAUGGUCAGAAAAGCUGUUUAACUCGACCUUGUUUUUAAUUUUUGUUUUGUACUCCUGGGCAGAUGUUUUCGGAUUGCCACGUGCAAUGGAUGUGACAUGUAUCUGGUCCUGUGUGUUUGUAUAAUAUAUACAUACAAUACAAAAACAGACACGCAUACAUACACAGUUUAUAUAUUACUUUCCCUUAUGUAUAAAAAGUAUAUAUAGAUAUAUGUAUAUUAACUACAAUGGUUCAGAAAUCAUUUAUGGUGAGCUCAUAUCUGGCUGAGCAGUGGCAAUAUUUGCCGCUGCCUAAGGACAAUAGAUUUAGAUAUGGUGGUGUUUUUGUUUUCUUUGCUGGAGUGUGGUUAGAUUCCAGCAGUCUCUUCCUUGUUCUCCUGUGUUGUCUCUAUUAAGGCUGUAGAUGGAUUUAGGGCAUUGCUCUAUUCCCCGUCUUUGUACCGACUCUGUCUGUGACGGUGUUUCUGUGACAGUGCAGUGUCUAGACAAACACCUUUCCCCGUCUCGCUCCUCCUCUCUCUCUCCGUCUCUGUGAAGAAUUCAAGACGUUUCUUAACACUUUUCUUUCCUCGACGCCUUGAGAAGUCUCGGCGGCGGUCCCUCGGCUCAUCUCUUGCUGUCUCACGUGUUGCGACCACUGACUGAAGUGUUAGCCUAGCCUUCUUUCUCCUCCACCCGCCGCACAUAGAGCCACUCGGUACAGUCUGUCCAAGCGUCUUAUUUACAGAGAAUACUCACUACAUAAAAAAAAUAAAAAUAAGAAAAGAAAAAAAGCAGAAUUUGUAUAUACAGUAUAAAUGCUCCUCACCAAAAUUCUGACAUGUAUGACUUGUAUGUUUUUGUUUUUUUUGUUUUUUUUAAAUGUUAUGUUGAUUAUUUUUUCCAUGUUGUGUUCAAGGUAUGUAUAUAUGCAGACCCAUGUACUGUUUAUGAGCAAAAACAAAGAUGACAAAGGGUAUGGAAAGACAUGAAAAAAGAUUAAAAAAACAAAACAAUCAGGGCAAAACUGAUGUUUGUGGAUAUUGUAGAUGAUGAUGAUCAGCUUUAUCCAGCCAUAUGUUCAAUCUUACCUGUACAGUACAGUAGAUGACAGCUGUAUUAUUGUAACAAGAACUAGUCAUGUAUAGUGUAACUAUAGUUUGGAGUGCCUUUGCUUUCAUACACCUUCGCCUUGUUCCCCUCCUCACCCAGCCCCCGCCAUCACCCUCCCCCUCCCGAUUGUGACUCUCCCUUUGGUGCUGUUGAAUGUCCUGCUAUCCCACAACACACACACACACACACAGUCCCACUUGAUUUUCAGUCCCCUCCACUCGCACCUCUUCCCCUUUUUCAUUGCACACUUAUUGUGAUAUACAGACAUUUUCCUUAAAUGAAGAAACAAUUCGACAAGUGUUUAUUUUAAUAGUUGUUUGUCUUGGACACACAUGCACGCACAAACAUGUAUACCAUAGUUCUGGCACGGGCUCCGGGGCAUGAAGUGAGGGGAGGGGGGUUCCUCAUAUACUGUAUGUGUAUAUAUAUGUAUAUACACAAACAAUGCAGUACAGUUUCUGUGUUAAUCACAGUGAUGGUUCUGUUACCAAAGCCAAACUAAGAUGUAGUUGUGAUGAGCCAUCCUCAGAGGCAGUAAUGUAUUCUGUCUCUCUUCUUCUCUCUCUGGAUAUUUUGUUGUUGAUCUGUCCUCUUGCUUGUUCUCCUUCCUGUCAGCAUACUUGGACGGUGGGAGGGAUUCAGUAGCACCUAAGGUCGAGUCAUGUAGCCUCUCUCCUGUCUCCUGCUUGCUGUAAUUUCGCAUUCAUGGACGUGUUGCUAACCACCACACAAACGUUUGACCACCUCACCCUUACCCCUAACUCCAGUUCACUAAAAACACCACAAAGGUUACCAAAACAGAGAACAAGCAAGUAUACAUGCUAGUAUAAUAUAUUAUACUAGCAUGUACACUAUGCUAACUGGGGUUAAAGAAAAGAAAAAUCAUAGAAAAUACUACAAAAACAUCAUGUAUAACAGUACUACUACUUGAAUGCCUCUGUUUGUGACUGAAAUUUUUCUUUCUUUUCUUUUUUUCUUUCUUUUGUUCUGUGAAGGUAAGCUAAAUGUGCACCUCUGUAAAUAUUCCCUCUGCGUGCUCUGAGGAAUAGUUCCCUGGUACUGUAAUUUGCAUUAAAUAAAGAGUAGGAUAGCCUGGAAAUGAUCGA